CGUGGUGUGAAUGAACUGGGGGCACCUUGGGCACAGGGAUCGCCCCCCCCUUUCUGCCUCGGGCCACAGUUGAGUAGUAGGGCAUUUUUUUCACCCUCUUGUGAAGAAUUUUUUUUAUUAUUUGUUGUAAAGUCUUUUGCACAAUCACGCCCACAUUUGGGUUGGAAAGCCCUAAUUACCGCCGUCGCUGAUGGACGUUGGAGAGGGAGCGCCUCGCCGCGGAACAGUCGCCUGCUCGCCCUCGUUGGACCUGAGGCUCCUUCACUGCGUCCGGGCUGGGUCCUGCCCUUGCUGCUGGCCCGAGCACCACUGCGCUGUCUCGGUUCCUAGGAGCAUCUCCAGGCUACACCAGCUCGGGAGCCCCGGCCCGGGCGCCACUGCCCGCUCCCGCUCCGGUUCACUGCGCCCACCCGACGCGCCCAGGAGGACUCCGCUGCCCUGCUCCUGAUCGUCCCCCCAGGCUUAACCCGGCCGCUCCGCUCGGAUUCCUUGGCUGCCCUCGCUCGGGUGGCGACUUCCUCCCCGCGCCCCCUCCCCCUGGCCAUGAAGAAGCCGAUUGGAAUAUUAAGCCCAGGAGUGGCUUUGGGGACAGCUGGGCGUGCAAUGUGUUCCAAGUUCCUCCUAAUGGCUCUGGCCAUAUUUUUCUCCUUCGCCCAGGUUGAAAUCGAAGCUAAUUCUUGGUGGUCCCUAGGUGUGAAUAACCCUGUUCAGAUGUCAGAAGUAUAUAUCAUAGGCGCACAGCCUCUUUGCAGCCAACUGGCAGGACUGUCUCAAGGACAGAAGAAACUGUGCCACUUGUAUCAGGACCACAUGCAGUACAUUGGAGAAGGUGCGAAGACGGGCAUCAAAGAAUGCCAGUACCAGUUCAGGCAUCGGAGAUGGAACUGCAGCACGGUGGAUAACACCUCUGUCUUUGGCAGGGUGAUGCAGAUAGGCAGCAGAGAGACGGCCUUCACUUACGCCGUGAGUGCCGCGGGAGUGGUGAAUGCCAUGAGCCGAGCUUGCCGAGAGGGCGAGCUGUCUACUUGCGGCUGCAGUCGGGCUGCGCGCCCCAAGGACCUGCCGCGGGACUGGCUGUGGGGUGGCUGCGGCGACAACAUAGACUAUGGCUACCGCUUCGCCAAGGAGUUCGUGGACGCACGUGAGCGGGAGCGCAUCCACGCCAAGGGCUCCUAUGAGAGCGCACGCAUCCUCAUGAACCUGCAUAACAACGAGGCAGGCCGAAGGACGGUGUACAACCUGGCAGACGUAGCCUGCAAGUGCCAUGGGGUGUCCGGCUCAUGUAGCCUCAAGACGUGCUGGCUGCAGCUAGCGGACUUCCGCAAGGUGGGGGAUGCCCUCAAGGAGAAGUAUGACAGCGCAGCAGCCAUGCGGCUCAACAGCAGGGGCAAGCUGGUGCAGGUCAACAGCCGCUUCAACUCGCCCACCACGCAGGACCUGGUCUAUAUCGACCCGAGUCCGGACUACUGCGUGCGCAAUGAGAGCACGGGCUCGCUGGGCACACAGGGCCGCCUGUGCAACAAGACAUCGGAGGGCAUGGAUGGCUGCGAACUCAUGUGCUGUGGCCGAGGCUAUGACCAGUUCAAGACAGUGCAGACCGAGCGCUGCCACUGCAAGUUCCACUGGUGCUGCUAUGUCAAGUGCAAGAAGUGCACGGAGAUCGUGGACCAGUUCGUGUGCAAAUAGUGGGCGUGUACCAGCGUGUCACCCACUCCCAGGACCCACUUAUUUAUAGAAAGUACAAAGAUUCUCAUUCUUCUAAUUUCCCCCCAAGAAUUGCAACCAGAACCAUAUUUUUCUAUUACCAUCUAAGAACUCUGUGGUUUAUUAUUAAUAUUAUAAUUAAUAUUUGGCAAUAGUGGGGGCAACUAAGAAAAAUAUUUAUUUUGCAGAUUUUGGCAAAGUUAGUACAAGACUUCUUCCUUCAGAUACCAUUGGAUAAAGGGGAAAUAACACAUACUCUAACUUAACUGUGUGGAUGGGGUUCACAUCUAGAAGGUACAGGAAAUAUCUUUUUUUUUCUCCAAUGUGGAGUUCAGUAGGUGGUAUGAAGGUAAAAGGGGGUAUAAACUGAUGAAUGACUAGGUUUCUAUAACAAAAAUGAAUUGCAAAUGUCCUGGUACAAGACAACAUGUCUUAAAUACAGACAUAUCACAUAUACAUAUAUACCCAAAAUACAGAGAAUGAAGACCCCCCAUCCCAGAGGUUACCAGCCUGCUUUUUAUAUUUUCAAACUGAUCUUUUAAAAUGUGAGAUCAAGAAUCUCUUAUCUUUGUCAACAGACAUGUCACGUGUUAUUCUUAAAUAUUCCAUCUUCAGAUGAUCCUGUUCUAAUAGUUUGUGAAACUCGGGGAUCCUGUGGGUGGGGUGAAGAUGUACCCAGAAAUUAGAAAACUUGAAAAUUCCUACAUUAAGACCAUUAAAUCUGAAGGUGUUAGCCCCAGCCGAUUCUGGUUGGCAAAAGGGAUUGUUGGCUCAAAAAACAUCUUGUUUUGAAAGUUAUCUUAUUUCUUUAGGGAUACUUGGUUUCUAAAUAUUAAAAACAAAAAUUACCCAUGAAGCACACUGAAAGUCACAGCCACCUUCCUGUUUGACCCAAGUCCUCUCUGGACUUUCUGUGCCCUGAUAACAAUGUCCACCGUGCUUGCCCAUGGCAGGAGCACUGGGUCCCCUUUGAUCACAGGGCAGGAAACAAAACGUGAGGAGUUGUACUUAAAAACAGCUACUUAGGGAGAUUAUUUUUCUCUGACGUUUUUCUUUUGAGGUGCAGUGACUUCCUAUGUUUUGGUGACAUUACUGGGCUCAAGGAGUCCAGAGAGGCGUGGCAGUUGGGCUGUUAUAAUCCUGUGUUUAGGCUAUUCGUUCCUGCUUUUACUAUUAUCCUGCAGGUGUACCCUAAAACUGUUCCCAGUAUACUUGAACAGUUUCAUUUAUAAGGGGGGAUGAGGUUUAAUGGUGCCUGUUAUCUCAGUCUUUUGUACAUAACAUAUAUAUAUACAUAUAUAAAUAUAGAUAUAAUUAUAUCUCAGUGCAGUCAACAACUUAGAUUUACAGUUUGCUCUGGGCUUGCUCUCUGCCUGGAGGAUUGCCCUUCAUUGCAAACCAAUUGGGAUUUUUUUUUUUUUUCCAAAAGAUUUUUGAGUCUUGACCUUAUCAGCCUGUGGCUCCCCAGGAUCCUACCAUGAACACCAGGAAGGAAGCUAGAUUCUGAGGAAGCUUGCCCUGAUGGGGCCAUGGAACUCAUGUUAGUUAAAAGUAGUCUUUCUGUCUUCUGCCCACCCCCCGCUCUCCACCCUCCCUUUGGCACUGUCUGUGGAGAGGGCAGAAUGGUUUCUUACACGUCUGGACCUUGAGAGACUCUCAAAGCCCAGGAAUACAGGACUUGUUUUGCUUUGCUCAAUUCCUUCGAGAGUGAACCUGUGCCUGUCAUAUCUGAGGGCACUGACUGAGUCCCUAAAGGAAACCAGCUCACUGCAUAGAUAACUAGCUUAACUGUUUUCUUAAAAGAAAAUAGUGCGCCUCUUUUCCUAAAGUGGCACCUGUUGUGUUGUUUUCUCAGCCUGACGGUGUCUAAAGGUCUGAAAAAGGUAUGUCUCCUCUCUGAGGUUCGGUGGCCUUCCUGUCACUUCAGCUCAGUGGCUCUUAACUUAUUGCACAUGAAUUUUCACUUCCCCUCAGCCGCCAUGAAUUGCAAGCAAAAGAUCUUGAAAUGAAAAAGAAGCACUAAUUCGUUUAAAACGUCACUUUUUUGGUUUUUAUUCUACAAAAACCAUGAAGUAGUUUUUAUUACUCGCUAAACCAGAUUGUGUUCUUUUUUAGUGAUUCAUGUUUAUGAACAGAGUUGAGUUUAACAAUCCUAGCUUAAAAAAAAACCUAUUUAAUGUAAGAUAUUCUACGCCAUUCAGAUAUUUUGUACAUCUUCUGUGGCCUUUAUUCUGUUCUUUUAAUGUACAUAUUCUGUCUUGUGUGAUUUGUAUAUUUCACUGGUUUUUAAAAAGCAUCGAAAGGCUUAUGCCAAUGGAAGAGAGAAUAUAAAAUAAAAUGUCCCUUGUAUAUUCGUAGUGGUUUCGGCUGUCCUUCAGACAAUUCAUGUGGAGAUAUUUCUCAGCAGAAGCCACAAGGGCUGGCUUAGGAUGACUACAUGUUCAGAUAAUAGAAGAGCGGAGAAUUUUACCAAAACCAAACUAUUUGGAAGCGUCAGAAGAUUUUUAUAUGUAAUGGAACAAAAGGGGAAUUCUCUUUUCCUUUACAUGUUAGAGAGAGAGAGAGAGAGAGAGAGAGAGAGAGAGAGAGAUCAAGCAGAUGGCUUAAAGCUGGCCAUAGGAUCGCUCACAUUCUUUUAGCAUUAUGCAUGCAACUUAAUUGUUUUAGACCGUGUUGCUGUUGUAUUAUCUCAGAGAUGAACCAAAAGGGCCCAUGCCUUCCCCCAUGAUCAAAGUUUUAGCCCAUAUAUAUAUAUAUAUAUGCAACAUAUAUAUAAUAUAUAUAUAUAUGCAACUUAGUGUCUACCACUGCAUUAUGCCUCUCUGUUUGAACUUCCCAUGACCCAUGUAGGGUAUCUCUGUGCCUCUUUGAAGGCAGCUUUUAUUAAAAGAAAGCAUGGUCCUGAGGAUGAAAACUAAAAGUUUGUUGUAUGGCAUGCAAUAAACAAAAGCCCUCAUGCUCUGACCCUGCCUGUGCAGACUGAUAUAUUAGUUAGCCCUUUGCUUUUUUGGUGGGAAGGGAUAACCUUGUAACAUACUGAAACCUUUUAAGGAAACCAAGAAUGCAUUACUCCAAAAAAAAAAAAAA